AAAAGUGCUUUUCCGACACAUGUUUUUCAGAACAUUAAGUAAAAUUUUUCUUCCACAAUUGUUACAUAUCCUCGACUACGUCAUAUCAGGUCAUAAAACACAAAUGAACCAAACUAAAAAUUAACAAAGCACUAACUUAAAAGCUUAUUUGCUACUUCUGAGGUCACAGUAACUAUGGAUGACCCUCGAGAACUGGUCACAGCGGGAUGCUGGAAUUGUUAUAAAUGCUUGUAGAAUCUAAACUGUUCUCCAGAUUGCAGCUCUGUCUGGCCAGUACUCAAUAAUGAGACUCUUUGGAGUUAUUCUGUUUGCUCUGCUAACAAGAGCACAGAAUCCCACUUGCAAAUUAGUUGGGAAUGCUGAAGUUCCUGACCUAUCAAAAGAUGGAGACUUCAUCAUAGGAGGUGUCUUCUCAUUUGACAACAUAAACACAAAAGACAACUUUGAAUUCACAGUGCAACCAACAUUUUCAAAAUGCAUAAGGAAGAACUACAGGGAAUAUAAGCUUGCCCGUACGAUGGUCUUCACCAUUGAGGAGAUUAACAGGAACAACAAGCUGCUCCCAGGUGUCACACUGGGCUACAGGAUCUACAAUGCCUGUGGAAACAUCCAGAUACUCAGUGCAGUGUUCACUGCUGUGUCUGGACCUGAUGAUUGCAGCAACACCAGAGUGCAAGCACUUAUUGGAUGCUCCUCAUCAGGACCCAGUAGUAUAGUGAGCAAAGCCAUUUCCCCUUUACACAUUCCUAUGAACUGUGCCCAGUGACCGCUUUCAGGUCAUAGCCCUAGUUGAGCUCUUGAAAUAUUACGGCUGGACAUGGGUGGGGUUUAUCUACAGCAAUGAGAUGUACGCUGAGGAAGGG